GGGAAACCCAGGAUACAUGGACGCGUCACAUAUUUCCUGACCACGCAACAAAUACGACUCAGAAUACUUCACUUUCAUAUUCUACAGUUGUCGCACUACAAUGUCGAUCAUGGAAUACAACGGUGGCUCCGUAAUAGCCAUGGUGGGCAAGGAUUGUGUUGCAAUUGCCUCUGAUCUUCGACUAGGGAAUCAGGCUCUGUCAAUAUCGUCAAAUUUUCAAAAGGUUUUCCCUGUUACCGACAGAAUAUAUGUUGGCCUACCAGGGUUAGGAACUGACGUGACGACUUUGCGAGAACGAUUCCGUUACAGAAUUAACAUGUAUACUAUCAAGGAGGAAAGAGAGAUCGAGCCAGAGACCUUUGCUCACCUCGUGUCUUCCACACUCUAUGAACAUCGUUUCGGCCCGUAUUUCAUCGAACCUGUCAUAGCUGGUCUUUCGAAGACACCAUCUGGCGGUGUGAAGCCAUUAAUCGCUGCUGCUGACCUUAUUGGAUGUCUGAACUUUGCUAAAGACUUCGUGGUUGCUGGUACAGCAAGCACGAAACUGCUUGGUGUAGCCGAAGGGUUAUGGGAGCCAGAUUUAGAGCCGGAGGAUUUGUUUGAGACAAUAUCACAAACAUUGCUAAACUCAGUGGAUAGAGAUGCCUUCUCGGGAUGGGGAGCUGUUGUACAUGUUAUCACGAAAGACAGUAUAAUCAGCCGGACUCUAAAAGGUAGAAUGGAUUAGUAAAAAUUGUAUUCAUGUACUUCAUGAUCAAAGUAUAACUGUAAUUUUCAUACAAUCAAGCAAGGGGAGUGCAGACAAAAAGUUCUUGACGCGAACUCGGAAAAGUCAGAAGGGUAGGACCCUGGAAAUAUAGUAGGGUUGUUUUAAAUACUGUCUUGCAAUCCAUCCAUCCAUGAUGGUUUUCUUG